AUGUCGUCGUACCAUUAUAGUGGCCGUCAAAUGCCACCAAAUGAUCCUUUCUCGAAGUUUUCAGAAGUGUCUCAACCGGGGACCGCCAACCCCGGCCCCGCCUAUGCACCUCGGGUUCCACGGUCACGUAUUGCAACACCAGUCAACUAUACGCCCCAAAGAAGUCGUGCAUCAUCAGUCUCAGCAGCGGAGGAGACUAUUUCAGUGGUGGCACCAGUAUUUCGACCUGCUAGCCGAUCAAAUCGCCGUUCAUCGAUGCUCCCACGCCCAAGUACUGGUGGCUCAUUGGCUUCAGUGUCUCCUGCGCCGUCUGUAUCCCCACAAAUACAGACAAAGCCUAUUUCAUCGUCACUGUCCACACCUGAUAUUACCAGUCUACCUCCUUUCCCGCCAACAUAUCAAGCGCCGCUUCCCGUUAAACGAUCCCGCAACGUGCUACGCCGGAGGGCUGCAACAAUAGGAAAGAAUGCGGAACCAAGUCAAUCACAGAAGCUUAGCCUGGUUAUUCCACAGUCUCAACCAGAUGACAUGAAGGAUCCUCGAUGGCCUACAUUUGGGGAUGCAGAUUCAGCGGGUCCGGCAGUGUCUUCGGCCGGCUCCAAAGAAUCGGAAACACCGACAAUCGGGCCAGCAGAGCUAGCAAGCCUUCGUACCAUCAUUGACACUAAAAACCUUCCUCCGCCUGUCACACCAUUCUUCCCCUCUGCAAGCACUCCUUCAACCCGCUAUUCGGAAUCACCUGGGGUAUGGAGUCGUGGCUCAACGCCUACCUCGCUUUCUUCAUAUUCCCCGGGAAUUACGCAUUCAAGCAAGAUUAGCCGAUUGAGACAACCUAGUCCUUCCCAGACCCGACUCCCUGUUUUUACCCCUCCCACUGCCUAUUCAAGUCCGCUGAGCGCUUCGAGUGACAGGUCAGAUGCAAAGUUACCGAAGUCAGCGAUUCCUCAAAGAUCUCAUGGCCCGAGCCCAAGUCCCGGUGCCGGCACCACUGCGAGCUCCCAGAAAAAUCCCAGUGCCAGGUCCAUUCCUACAAAGAUUCGAGGACCUCCUCCGAGCCCGCCACUGAGAAAGUCAUCCGUAAAUUUCAGUCCGACAAAGAAUUCCGAUAUCGAUGUCGAACAGGCCAGGAGAGAAGUGGAGGAGGCAGAACGGGAACUCCUCAUUUCUCAUAAAUCCCCUGCCGCCUUGAUCCCUGAUCCAAUUGUCCCAAAGACCCCGCCUCGACCGAGUAGAGAGGGGACACAUCGGUUGGAUUUAGAGACAUCUCCUGUGAUUCGCAGCAACCUGCCAUAUCUGAACUCUACAGGUCACAAAAGACGAGAGUCUACAGAGAAAGUUCUAGCUGCAGGCAGGCCUAAUCUGGUGCCAAACUCAUCUGCCGCUACCUCUAUGGAUUCCGUGCGCCCUAAGGAUUUAUCGCGAAUUCCUUCGCGUGAAGCAGGUUCUCCCGUAUUAUCUCGCAAAUCCCCUAAAACAUUGAUCAAGGAGCCUCCGAAAGAGAAGACAGAUCCAAAGAAAGCUGCCACGCCAAAGCGUUUCGGCAUUUUCCCGAAGAAGUCCAAGCCAGACAUGGAUGAUGUCUCCGCCGACCCAACCCGACUUGCCCGCAAAGGCCCGGCCGCAGGAACUGGCCAUGAAGGAUACGGCAAAUAUGGCCAACGCGGAAGAAAGUCAAGUGCUAGCAGCAGUGGCACUCGUACCAGAUCGACCAGUACAACACGAAGUGGGCCGCAGUCUGUUGCUAGCAGCAAGGGAAGCAUGUCGAGCCGACCAGAUCUUGCUCUUGACGAUUUUCUUUCAAGUCGUUUGGAGCCCGUGUUUAUUAGUGGUGGAGGCCUCGACGGCGUGACUCUAUCCCGCACCCAGAGCGAGCUGAGCAUGAGCAGUCUCAGUGUGACUUCUUCGAACCCCCCACACCAGACACCGCUCACGUCUUCUACUGUUCAAUCGACUGAAUCAUUGGCAACCUCGACUGGAACAUUCGGUGACCAGAUACUCAGCGAGUCAAGCACUAGCUUGGCUCUCAGUCAAACCAAAAGCUCCGAGAAGAAAUCUGUGGUCUCUGAGCGCCAGAAGGCCCCCAAAUCACGCAUGCCAGUUCCUAGAGGGAAGAGAAGCGGGCUGUAUACAAAUCACGAAGCUGCUGCAACCCAAACAUCUCUCUCAGGUCACGCCUCAAGCUCUGCGCCUCCGCAGAAGCCAGAAGCAACUUCGACUGAAAAGCCCGAUCCUCCUGGCCAGCAAAAAGCGCCCAUAAAGCAAGAAGAGCAGCAGGCCAAGAAAGGAAAGCCAUCUCGAUGGAAUCUCUUCCAACGAAGCCGCACCAACCAGCCCACCGCUCCGACCCCAACUCCAACACCAGUUUCUCACGCCGCCCAACUUCAUGCUGCGAUCGCUCCUGUCUUGAAUCACCGGUCUGUUCCACACUAUGCGUUCGUUGAUACAGACUCAGACGAGCUCGACGAUAUACUCAACAAAGUGGAAGUAUCGCCGCCAACAGAAGAAGAUGAGGUUCUCGUUUUGCCUACUGUGCCGGCUGACCUGAACAUCACGAAAAGGCACCCGUCCAUUUUGCUCCCAUCCCCGCCUAAACUGCAUGGGGAAUUUGAGAAAGAUGAUCGUCCGUCGCCACGUACCGCAAUGUUCAACCGCAACUUGGUGGCUCCAGAGCCUGAGAGUAGCCCCGAAGACCGUCGUCCAAGACGGUUAGCAUCCGUGGGUCGUAUUCCUCCCGUUGUCUCGAGACGUGACCGCCAACACAAGCCUCCCAUGCGGUCAUUCUCUCGGCCAUUUAGCGUUGCUGAGUCUCCGUCACUCAUGGCUCCGAUUUGGGAGGGCUCCAGCGAAUACCCCAUCUCCACCGAGUCACCUGGCAAGCUUUUUGCAGGCAUCCCGACUAGCCAGUCAAUGGAUUGGGGAUUCGGUUCCAGUCAAGCCUUCAAGAGCCCCGAGAGGACUGCUUUGGACCUCCUGUCUGGUCCGUACUCGAGCAAUGAAUUUAUCCAUUUCUCUCCUCGCAACGGGUCUCAGUCGUCUAGCAGCUCGGGAGCCCUGGCGGCAGUUACAGCAGUAGUUCCACCUCCAAAUACCGCGCCAACUGAGGAUGAGGUCUGGAACGAGUUCGAUGAUCUUAUCGACCAUGUUCUUUCGCCCGAGGAGGCAAAGCCGGAAGAGUCAACCGUGCCGGAAGAGGAAAGUAAAUUCGAGCUUGCGAACAUGGCACACAAGGCUCUGCAGGAUGAGUUGAAUGGCGAAGUCCCUCGAGAAACCUCGGUCCGUGAUAGUGAUGAUUCUGUUCGUCUUCGACGUUCUCGUAUUGUCUCGGCUCUGCACUCGCCUCUCGUGCCCUCAACUCAGCCGUCUAAUAGUGAUCUGAUCUCCAGCUAUGGGCAUUUCAACGACGACAACAUGAAUAGCCCUGUUAUUACUGUGAAGGCCCCUUUGGAUCAGAUUCGUGAGCAACAGUCUGAAUUUUUACAAUCUCUGGCUACGGUUCCGACUCCAACCAAGCCAAAGUCAUCUGAUCACCGCAAAUCCAUCCCAUGCUCUGCGGAGCGUGAUUGGGAUGCUGUGACUCGUACAAACAUGCGGUCUGCUUCCCUGAUGACUAGCCGCUGGUUGUCCUUUGGACGAGUUCUCUUCAGCCCAGCUCACAACCACGUUAAACCUGGAACGCAUGGACGGAUACUUGUCAUCGAUGGGCUCGGUAACGACGAUUGGUCUUUCUACUGCUCAUUAACGUAUCCCGAUGCCGAGGUAUACAGCUUAAGUGGCCGGCCAGUCUCCACUGCACUUCCACAUCCCGCAGCAUGGCAACCUCCCACCAACCACCACACUGUCUACCACGCCGGACUGCACAAACCACUGCCUUUCCCAAAGGACUAUUUCACAGUUGCCGUCUUGCGAUUCCCUGCCGCAAGCCCCGAGCAUGUCCAAAGCAACAUCAUCCAAGAAUGCAAGCGCGUCCUUCGCACCGGAGGCUACCUAGAAAUGAGCAUCCUUGACCGCGACAUGGUGAACAUGGGAGUGCGCGCACGUAAAGCCGUCCGCCGCCUCAAAGAACAAACCUACCUCUCAAACUCAGCCAUCAGCCUCAAGCCAACCAGCGAUCUCGUUCAGCGCCUCGUCGGCAAUCAAGGAUUUGAUAAUCUCCGCCGAUGCAUGGUCCGCAUCCCCGUAGCAGGAAUGGUCGUCCGAUCGUCUGACUCAACAAACUCCUCCUCCAACCGCUCCCUCUCUGCAACAGGAACCACCGCCUCAACUGGCUUCUCAGCCCCCGCCAUCUCCGUCACAACGACAGGAAGCCAAGGCACGAACGCAAACUCCAAACCCUCGCCUUUAGAAGACAACAUCUCCUUAGGCGACCUCCUCUCCGACCCCUCCCCAUCAGCCGCAAACGACGAGUCGAUCGCUAAGAUCGUCGCUCGCGUCGGCCGCUGGUGGUAUACGAAAUGCUACGAAGACCCCGUCCUCCCUCAUACCGGCGACAACGAACCUAGCAUGUGGAACGAUCGCAAGGUGCUGCGCGAGUGCCAGAAACGGGGCAGUGGGUUCCGCAUGCUGAUCGCCUAUGCGCAGAAGCCUAGCGAGCCUAAGCGACGUACUGCCAGUGUUUGA